AUUUUUGUGACUAAAAAAGAGAAGUCUUCAACGACAGUGCAACAAGUAACCGAAACAAGGACUCUCGAUAUGAUUUUAUACGAUUUACAAAUUGAAGCUGGGGCGGGCGAGGGACCCGGGCCUCCGAACAACAAUGCAGAAGGUGCAGUGGCCAGCCCCCCACGAGAUGAUAACCACAAUGCUGCACAGCCUCCUGAGCAUCGUGUCACGCAACUUACUCCUAGUGAAGCCCUGAAGCUCUACGGUGACAGACUGACGGAAUGGGAAAGGAACGAAAUCAGGAAAUACCCAGAAGUGUGGUUUCUCGGAAUAGAUGCCAGUAAGGUCAACGCCAGAUCGAAUCUUCCUAACAACUGCGGCUUUGAUGAUGAAAAUGGCUCGUAUCAUAAGCAAAUACACGACCACAUAGCGUACCGAUACGAGAUCUUGGAGGUCAUCGGCAAGGGUUCUUUCGGGCAGGUCAUCAGGGCUCUGGACCAUCGAACUGGUAGUCAGGUGGCCAUAAAAAUAAUACGUAACAAGAAACGGUUCCACCACCAGGCGCUGGUGGAGGUGAGGGUUCUGGACCACCUGCGGCUCAAAGAUAAGGACCAAGCGCACAACGUUAUACACAUGCUCGACUACUUCUACUUUAGGAACCACUUGUGCAUCAGUUUUGAACUUAUGAGCAUAAAUCUGUACGAGCUGAUAAAGAAAAACAACUACCAGGGCUUCAGCCUUAGCCUCAUCCGGCGGUUCACCAGCUCACUCCUGCGCACUCUCAGGCUGCUCGAGGCCGAGAAUAUUAUACACUGUGAUCUGAAACCGGAAAACAUCCUUCUGAAAGCGCGAGGCAGCUCAUCGAUCAAGGUCAUAGACUUCGGCAGCUCAUGCUACACGCACGCCAGGGUCUACACGUACAUACAAUCCAGGUUCUACCGGAGCCCUGAAGUUAUUCUCGGCCUGCAGUACGGAACACCAAUCGAUAUGUGGAGUAUGGGAUGCAUCCUUGCGGAACUCCAUACGGGUUAUCCAUUGUUCCCGGGAGAGAACGAAGCGGAGCAGUUGGCUUGCAUCAUGGAGCUACUCGGGCCUCCACCUCCAGACCUACUUAUUCAUGCCACCAGAAAAAGACUGUUCUUCGACUCCAAAGGCUCACCACGAACAGUAACCAACUCCAAAGGCAGGAAGAGAAGGCCAGGCUCCAGAACGCUGUCGGCAGCUGUAAGGGCUGAAGAUCCUGCAUUUUUACACUUCCUUAGCAGAUGUUUAGAAUGGGACCCAAAACGUCGCAUCACCCCAACGGAAGCAUCACGUCACGAGUUCGUCACUGGGUGCCCCCUCGGUUCAACGCCCUCUGGCGUUCUGGCGCUUCCUCGUUUAGCGCCCCCAAGACCGACUCGCACCGCACUCCUGCACUCCCAGUCGGCUGGCGACGUGGCGGCCAUGUUGGGGCGAGCGUGACUGCGUCCCGGCGCCUCCACAGGCCUACUUGAUAUCAAGUGACACGUAGUUUAUGGUACUGUAGGUGUUUCAUGUUGCUCUGGUACAUUUGUUUGAG